AGGCGGAAAAAAGCCAGCGAUCAAGCGGUUGCUAAAGCGUCAGGCGCACGUUGCAGAAUAAAUCUCCAGAAGAAACAACAAAGCAAACCAUUCUUAAGCGCAGUUGGAGGUAAAUAAAGGAGACCUUUGAAAGAUGUCCAUCGGUGUACCAAUCAAGGUCUUGCAUGAGGCAGAAGGCCACAUUGUGACCUGUGAGACCAACACUGGAGAAGUGUACAGGGGCAAGCUGAUUGAAGCGGAGGAUAACAUGAACUGCCAGAUGUCCAAUAUCACAGUGACUUACCGUGAUGGCCGAGUUGCACAGUUGGAACAGGUCUACAUUCGUGGCAGCAAAAUCCGCUUUCUGAUUCUACCUGACAUGUUAAAGAAUGCUCCUAUGCUAAAGAGUAUGAAGAACAAAAACCAGGGCUCUGGAGCAGGAAGAGGCAAGGCAGCUAUUCUUAAAGCACAAGUGGCUGCAAGAGGGCGAGGCCGUGGUGGAAUUGGAAGAGGCAACAUUUUCCAAAAGAGGCGAUAACUUUCUAACUUUCCUCUUCAGUCUUUGUUUAAUUUCGUCAUCUUUUGAUUCAGAAUUGUUUGGUAUUCUUUUGCAAUCUUGUGCUCUGCGGUUUUUAUCACUUUGAUUGUAUUUUGUAUUGAAAUAAACAUAUUUCAGUUUAAUGUUUCUUAUCCUCUCCUUGACUCACUUUUAGUCUUGUAAAACUAUUAUACUUUGUCAUUAUGUCCCUGAAGGCCAGGUCUAAAAGUUGUUUAUGAUACUGUUGCUUUAGCUUUAUGGUUUUUAUAUAGGACAACUGAAGAGUUGACUUUUGAAACCAUGUACCAUUUUCAUCUGAUCUGUUUAGUUAUGGGUAUGUGAAGCCUCAUGAAGCACUGAGGCUUUUUUUGCAAUUGUGCAGAAAAAGCUUCAAAGCUUUAGUCAUGAGACAACUGGAGCCACAACAACCUCACAGCACUGACUUUCAAUCCAGUGUCCGCAAAUAAAGUUUAAAAAAA